AUGCAUGGCCACCUCAUCUUGGCAUCUACAGCCAUCAGUGGCCAGGCCCUGUGCCCACAGUCCUGCCAAGAAGUUGCUAGCAGGGGGUAUGUGCUCUGCCUCCACAAAAGAGGUUGGGAACAAGGGGCCAGCUCCUGUGGCUCACAGCCAGGUCCACUAGAUGACUACUCUGGUGUUUCAAUUCACCAACUUAUUAUUUUGGUGGGGGACAGAAAAAAGUUUCAAUGUUUGAAACACCCAUUGAUAAGGGUUAUUUUAAUCACAAGAAACUGCGGGAGAGAAGAUCGGGAAAUCGUCACAUAA